CUCCUAUUUUCUAUUUUUUAUUUUUUGAAUUUUUAUCUUUAGUUUCCGGCGGCCGUAUGCGACGGCGUAAUGGCUGGAGUAGCCGUCUCUCCCGACUCUCUUCUCGGCCUUAUCGCUGAAAUCUUCGAGAUGCCGGCGAAUACUGGAAUGUUUAAGAAGGACUGUGCCGAUCUCGCGCGGCGAGUUUGUCUCUUGACGCAUUUGAUUGAGGAGAUUAGGGAUUCUCCGGCGCCGGAAUGUGAUGCUUCGUCUUCUUUAAUUUCACCUGAAUGUGAUUGGUGGUCUGAUCUUGUGGUUGGCCUCCAAGCCGCGAAGCGUCUUCUAUCCUCAGCCACUAGUUUCCAAGCUCAAGAGUCCUCUGAUGGGGCUGCCAAGAGAAUCUCAUUCCAAUUCCAAUGCGUUACGUGGAAGCUGGAGAAAGCAUUAAGCAAUUUGCCAUAUGAUCGGUAUGACAUCUCUGACGAAGUCCGCGAACAGGUGGAGCUAGCAAGGUCGCAGUUGAAAAGAGCAAUGCAGAGAUACGGGUCAUUGAAUUCAAAAAAGUUCUCGACUGCUCUAUCUCAGCCAAUGGAGAAAGAUGCCUUUAGCAACGCGAAGAGUGAAGUUACUGAGAAGUUGGAGAGUAUUCAAGAAACAGUGCAUUCCAACAUUCCUUCAUCAAAUGAGAAGAAACUUGAACCACCGCGUCCGAAGAGCUCUUCCGUUUCCUUGGCCUUCUUUUUAUCAAAGGAUGCUGAUGAUGAGAACUUGGAGAAAGCAGUUACCAAGAGCAACGAUGACUCAAAGAAUUCGGAAAAUCUCUCGAUCCCAGAGGAUUUCCUUUGUCCAAUAUCUCUGGAACUGAUGAAGGAUCCUGCUAUUGUUGCCACAGGACAGACAUACGAGAGGUCAUACAUACAAAGAUGGAUAGACUGUGGAAAUCUGACAUGCCCAAAGACCCAGCAGAAACUCCAACAUUUUACUCUUACUCCAAACUACGUUCUCAGAAGCCUGAUCUCACAGUGGUGCAUGAAGCACAACAUUGAGCAGCCAGGUAGUGGAGGUGGUUACAUGAACGGUAAAACCAAAAACCCUGAUGGCUCCUUGCGUGAUGUAACCGGAGACAUGUCCGCGAUUCGAGCAUUGGUUCGCAAGCUCUCUACCCGAUCAGUUGAAGACCGAAGGACCGCACUUUCUGAAAUCCGGUGUCUGUCAAAAAGAAGCACGGACAAUCGAAUUCUGAUUGCAGAAGCAGGAGCCAUCCCUGUUUUGGUCAAGCUUUUGACAUCAGACGACAUUGAAACGCAGGAAAACGCUGUCACUUGCGUUCUUAACCUCUCCAUUUACGAAACCAACAAAGAACUGAUCAUGCUUGCAGGAGCAGUCACAUCUAUAGUACAUGUCCUAAGAGCUGGAACCAUGGUAGCUAAAGAAAACGCUGCAGCUACUCUCUUUAGCCUUUCGUUAGCUGAUGAGAACAAGAUCAUAAUAGGCGCAUCAGGUGCAAUACCGGCCUUGGUGCAUCUGCUUGAGAGCGGAAGCGCCAUAGGGAAAAAAGACGCAGCUACGGCUUUGUUUAACCUGUGUAUUUAUGAGGGAAACAAAGGCAGAGCGGUUAGAUCCGGUAUUCUAAACCCAUUGGUGAAAAUGCUGACCGAUUCGUCGAGCCACAGGAUGGUAGGUGAAGCCUUGACCAUACUCUCCGUUCUAGCUGGUAAUGAAGAUGCUAAAGCCGCGAUUUUGAAGGCAAACGCAAUACCAAUAUUGAUAGAUUUUCUCCAAAAGGAUCAACCGAAAAACCGUGAGAACGCAGCGGCGAUAUUGUUUUCUCUUUGCAAGAGAGACACUGAGAAACUGAUAUCCAUUGGUAGACUUGGAGCUGUUGUUCCGUUGAUGGAACUAUCAAGAGAUGGCACAGAGAGAGCUAAGCGGAAAGCUAAUUCUUUGCUCGAGCUUCUUCGCAAAUCAUCUAAAAAAUUACUCUAGAUAGCUCUUAACAAAUUGAGGUUCGAAUUAACUUAAAGCCUCUCUGUUUUAAUAAAAAUUAAUUUAAUUCCGUUGGCUGUGUGUCUUUGAUCUGUUUAAGUUGUUUUUGAAGGCUAAUUCCAUUUGAGAAGGUGGAAGUUAUAGAGUAAUGAGUAUCGAACUCUUUUACUCACCUUGUAUUUAUUUGUUAAUUUUGUAAUAAAAAAGGACAACUUGUUAAGUGA